GAGCUGCAGGAGAACGGAGCGCGUGCCCACUGGGUGGCAUUGCUGGUUGUUCUCUUCCGAGCUCAUAGUGGACCGGCCCACGACGGAGCAACAGGAAAACAGCCUCCUCUGCUCCUCCUUCAUCGCCCCGAGCGGCUCGGCUUCUCUGCUGGAUGUUCUCACUCUGAGUUCGGGGCCGCUGUUUCCAGCUGGUUUAAACUGAGCAGAAGGGCAGAGUCUCUACAGCCAUGCAAAAGGUGGAGGGACGUCUAACUCCUGUUAACCUUCCAUCAUCUAGGGGCCCGAGUGCACCGGGGUCUCCUGCCACUGGCAUCAUGGCUCGUCUGAAUGACCAGAUGGUUGGCUACAAAGACCUUGCGGCACUGCCCAGAGAUAAAGCCAUCCUGCAGGUGGAAAGGCCUGACCUGAUGACCUAUCAGCCCCACCUGAGCUUCUCACCACUCGACCCGCCACGCAGAGAGCGCUCUCUGUCCCCUCCUGCCAUGUCUCCCUCCAGGUCUCCUGAGGUGAAAGGUCGCAGAGCAGAGAGCGACAGUGGCUCCCCUGGAGGAUCUACGCUGCAACUGCAAGCAGGUCGCAAGAUAAGCACCAGCCUGCAGCAUUUCCAUCGACCAGAUAACGGCUCCAACAUCUACAGGAAGCCUCCGAUCUACAAACAGGACCUUAACAAACCGUCAGAGGGCAGCGGGGUCAUUCAGUCUGCCAAGUUCCCCGCCGCCCAGCCUCCAGACCCCAACCAGCCCUCCAAGAUUGAGACAGAGUACUGGCCCUGCCCACCUUCACUGGCUGCUAUGGAGAUCGAGUGGAGGAAGAAGAAACUUCAGGAAGAAGAUGAGUUCGAAGAUGUGACAGAAGAAGAGCAGGAGCAGGAGCAGGAGCUGGAGAAAAUCAAGUCCAACCUGGGCCGUCUGAUCCUGAAGGAGGAGAAGGAGAAAAGCGUUCACAUCAGGAGGAAGACACAGUCUCUGCCAGACAGAACACACAUGCACAGCACAGGUGUGUCAGCAAGUGCAUCAAAGUCUCCGUCCCGCUCCGCCCUGACCAGAAUGCAGUCGGCAGAGUUUUCUACAGACGGAGAUAAAGGACGGCCAGCGGCUCAGAAUGGAGAGAGCCGGAGAGAUCGCAUGGAUAGAGGGAAUUCCUUGCCGAGCAUCCUGGAGCAGAAGAUUUAUCCAUAUGAAGCCCUGAUUGUGACCCACAGAGGGCGCUGUAAGCUGCCCCCUGGAGUGGACCGGACCCGGCUGGAGAGGCAUCUGUCCCAGGAGGAGUUCCAGGAGGUGUUCGGGAUGCCCAUUGGCGAGUUUGACCGUCUGUCAUUAUGGAGACGAAAUGAACUGAAGAAAAAAGCCUCACUUUUCUAACAGGAAGUGACCUAAUUACUAACCAAUACUUGAUGAAGCCUCUCCUCUGCAAGGAGGAGGAGCCAAAGAACAGGCCAUAACGUCAGCUAUCCAAUCAGCAAAUCAGCAGACCCCUCCCCACCAACAUGAGCCCCCUCCCUCCUUGGAAGACUGGAUUAGAACGUCUGCUCAGUUCUGCUCAGUUCUGCUCAGUUCUGCUCAGAUCUAAACUUAAGCGAUGCUCUGACAUGUUACCAGUACUGCACUUAUAACCACCACUGCUUGCAAACCAUUCCUAUCAUAUAUCCUCCACCGUCAUCAUCACAACCAUUGUUAAUCUGACAGUCAGUCUCAGAGUUACACUUCCAGAGGUCACCAUCUUGAAGUGAGAUCAGCCGUUAUCUUUAGGAGGAACUCAGGUCUCCUGGUACCGUGAAGCUGCUGCUAAUCUGUGUGUUCAAAAGAGGCCGACUGCUGACCAGUAGCUGCUUCCUACUGCAGUCCCUCAGUCUGUUAAACCUCUUCUAUCUCCAUCCAAGACCUGUUGUUGUGUGUUACACGUGCUUUCCUUCCCCUUUAUUCUAACUGUGUGGUACUUUAAGAGUAUUGGUUUUUUCUCUCCUGGAGAGGCAGCUUAAUGUCUUCCUGCAGAUGCUUGAGCUGGCAUUACUGUCUUAUUUUGCCAUGUAUGUUGGCAUAUCUAAAGUCCAGUCUUUAUAGGUUAAAACGUAAACAAAUGAACAUCAAGUCCUUUCUUGUCUAUAAAGGAAAUGUGUUGUAUGGAGUGUGUGUUAGGAUGAAGAAUGUUACUAUGCAAGGACCAAGUUGUAUAAAUGUCAAACCUUUUAUUUUUUCCGUAGUUAAUGAAUAUCUGACCAUCUUAGGAUGACGUGUAACGAUCUAUAGUCAGUAACACCACAAUGAUUAUGAGCUGAACUGAUCAGAAAGUUGCUUAACCUGCCAUCCUGUUGGAGCUUUUUUGAAGAUUCAGCAAACUGAGAGUCUGCAUGAUGUAACAUGAGAUCAAGUCAAAUUAUUAUAUGGAUAAGCUGUAUUGAGUAUAAACUUAUUUAACUUCUGCAUAAUAUACGAAUGGUGUCUCAGAACUGUGAGUCUAAUGUCAUGAAAUAUUGUUCAGAAAUGUUGUAACAAGCCAGUUGAACUGUAAUAGAUGUGGAGAGGUGAUUGCUGUCCAAGCUGCACAUCUUUAUACACCAUAGAAACUCAAGGUAGAUAUGGAACAGUGUGGUGGAUUUAUAAAUCAGAACCACACAUCAUGACUUUACAGGAAAAUCACAGAAAUGUCAGAUUUUUUUUUACACAGGAACCAACCCAUUUAUUGAUAUUGAAAUAUUAUCACAUUAUUCUAAUCACUUUCAGUACCAUAUAUUUUCAGGUAUUAGGUCUUUCUGAUUGUCACACUUUAAAAAACAGGAGGGAAAAAAAAGCAAAACAAGCAUGUGAAUGCACUUACUUGUAAAGAAAACUUACUAAUAAUGAGCUUCUGUUGUAUUACUAAAAAAAUCCUAAAAUCCAAAAGUUUAGCUGUUGUUAGUGAGCUUCUUUAACUUGUCGAGGUUUUUGAGAGAUUCCUGCUCUGUGAACUCUUUGCUGGUUCACUGAGCCAGCUGCUUUAACAUGUGAGGACCUCACCUUUAACUCAGCUUCUGAAUUGAAGUCAGUAAUAUUCAGAUGAAGCCUGAUGCACAUAGCUACCAGGAGAACCUUGUGGAGUUUUAUCAUACAGUUAGAAAUGACCAAAAUUGAUUGGACUGCUGUGUUUCUAUUAGGAUCCAAAGUGUUUUGUGUUAGUAACACCCAGAACAUCAGUGGGCCACUCUGACUGGUACUUCAGUAAGUGUAGAUAUGCUUUAAUUUGACCUUAACUGUAUUAUUAUUAUUAAUAGUAGUUGCAGUAGUAGUGGUAGGUGGUAACAGUGUUAAAUGCAUGACCCUAGAACUAAAAAUAAUAUUCUGCAGUCAGCCUAAUUCCAAACAUUGACACAUUAAAACAAGCUAACUUGUUGUCCAUUAAGGAUCCAACUUUAGAAAAGGAAGAUUUUUUUUUUCCUCUGAAUAAAAACACUGGCCUUUAACAUAAUACAAGGUAAGAAGGUUAGAAGAACAUUUUCAGGUUGUUUGAAAGCUGGCUACGACCUUGAGCAAAUGUCCCUGAAUGUUUUAUGAGUAAAGUAACAAAACAAAAUGUUUGAGAAACAAUAAAACAAGGUUCUUCUGUUGCCCUAAAGUGAACGAUGGAAGUGGAAGAAAAGUUUCACAGACACAGAAUCACUCAAGGUCACUGAGUGAUUCUGGUUGCUGAAGUUGUCCUUUCCUAAAUGCUUUCUCUUUUCAUGUUUUUUACCUAACGCUCACAUUAUCUCACCAGGACAGUGUCUCUCGUUAUCCAAGCUAAGGUCAGAACUGAGCGAUAGAACUGAACUGGGUCACAGUUUGUAAGGGAACAGGUGGAAAUCUACCUGCAGUUUGGUUGUAAUAUUAAGAUUUUCUCUGUGACAUUGUAGUUCACAGGCAAUCCAAAAGAGAGCGCUCUAAGAUUUAAAGAAGCCAUCCUGCCUGCUUGAACUCAAUGAAACUGGAAGCAGCUUCAUGGUACCAGUCCAGUCUCUUCCUGAUCCAACUCUGACAGCUUCCUCCUCUAUAAUAACUUGAAUGACGGCCGACUGAAGGAGACUCCGCCUCGUUCAGAAGCCGAGUGUGAAUUUAUUUAUUUCAGGCAGCUUUAUUUAUAGAUUGUGUUUUUACUGUGAACCAUUUUUGUUGGAGACUAUAGUCCUUUUUUAAUGAGCACUAAUGUUAGUAUUAAUCACAUAAAGGGGCGGUUUUUGCUCAUUAGGGUGUCACUGGAACCUGUGCUCAGUUUGUGUCAUAUGGCUCAAAUAAAUCUGUUGAACUGAAAA